UUGAUUGUAUACACCUGUGUCCAUGGAGGGGAUUGGAACACCUGAAUCACAUGAUUGGGAGGGGAUUGGAACACCUGAAUCACAUGAUUGGGAGGGGAUUGGAACACCUGAAUCACAUGACUGGGAGGGGAUUGGAACACCUGAAUCACAUGAUUGGGAGGGGAUUGGAACACCUGAAUCACAUGAUUGGGAGGGGAUUGGAACACCUGAAUCACAUGACUGGGAGGGGAUUGGAACACCUGAAUCACAUGACUGGGAGGGGAUUGGAACACCUGAAUCACAUGAUUGGGAGGGGAUUGGAACACCUGAAUCACAUGAUUGGGAGGGGAUUGGAACACCUGAAUCACAUGAUAUGGAGGGCGGGGGUCAAUACUUUGGCCAAAAUAGUGUGUAUAUG